UUCCAUUUUCAAGCAAAUUUCCAGACCUAAACUUCGCCCCAUAUGUUCUCUCUAUUUAACCAUGUGCACGUGACACAAACAGUCACUUUUAGCGUUCUUGGUAUAACCCCAGAUGAGACUUCGAAAGCACUCGUGUUUCCCAAAACUCGGGGAUACCCAAAACACUGUGCAGCUCUUUGAGAGCAAAAAUCCUGGGCACGAAGUUUUCUUCCGAAAACUGCUGAUCAUAAAGAAUUCGACGAGAGCUCACUGUUGUUACUUUCCGUUGGCGCUUGGUAAGUCUUCAUGGAAUAUGGCGGCUAAAGAAGAUCAGGAGCUAAGUUUAUUAGAAUUAGUAUGUGCAAAAUUAACCGAAGCCCAGAAUGUAAUGGCUGAAGCUAGCGACUCAGUGAACGCUAAAGUAUCUGAUGCGCUUCGGCUUAUGGCCGAAACAGGCACUCUACUGAAAAAGGAUCUUGAUCAUGCGCGAGUUAGAAAGGAAGCUGUAGAAGAGAUGACAAGAACAUUGAGUCACGGCCACUUCGCCAGCUUAAUUAAGCUGAAUGUUGGUGGAAAAAUAUACAAGACAACAUUAGAUACCCUUAGAAAGGAUCGAGACUCGGUGCUUUGCGCGAUGUUCUCUGGAAGAUUCGAGUUAAAAGCUGAUCCAGAAGAUGGAGCAUAUUUCAUUGAUCGUGAUGGGAAACUGUUUCGAUAUAUAUUGAACUACCUCCGUGAUGGUGACCUUCUUUACCCUGAUGACCAAACUGUAAGGGAGCAGCUCCUGAAAGAAGCAAAGUUUUACCAAGUUCAAGGAAUAAUUAAUCAUCUCGAAGAAGCGAUGUCUCCAGCGUUACCCUCAUCAAUAAUAAAAGAUGAAAUUGAUAAGUCAUCUCUUUUGUCAUGGCUGUCACCUAUGACUACUUUUUCCCUGCUGUAUUGCGCGUCUGUAGAUGGCAAAACUCCUGCUGAUUUUCACCGCUGCUGUGAUAAGAAAGGGCCCACUCUUGUUGUUAUCAGUGGUGAAGAAUACAUCUUUGGUGGCUACACUUCAAAGUCCUGGACAUCAGGUUCUCCCGAGAGAGUCAUUGAAGAUAGUGAAUCUUUCCUCUUCACACUGGUUGGUCCUUCUAAAAGGGAACCGAUGAGGUUUAAUUCAGGUGCUCAUGGUGGCAUAUGCUGCAAUGGUGAAAAAGGCCCUUGGUUUGGAACCUCAGGGGGCUACUAUAACCUUGAAGUGCUAAACAACUUUUAUGCCAAACUUGAUCUUAUUUCAAAUUGUGAUUUUAAUUUUCAUGACAGUUUCGAUGUGGAUUCUGACUUCUCUGAAAACAUGUUGUUUGAACUGGAUGAACUCGAAGUAUUCAAGGCUAAUUUUUACGGUAUCUCUUCAUCUAAUAUGGCGGUUAAAGAAGAUCAGGAGUUCAGGUUAUUAGAGUUAGCAAGAGAAAAAUUAAACGAAGCCCAGAAUGUAAUGGCUGAAGUUUGUGACUCAGUGAACGCCAAAAUAUCUGGUGCGCUGUGGCUUAUGGCCGAAGCAGGCGCACUAUUGAAAAAGGAUCUUGAUAAUGCGCGAGUUAGAAGGGAUGCUGUCAAAGAGAUGACAAGAACAUUAAUUCACGGCCACUUCGCCAGCUCAAUAAAGGUGAAUGUUGGCGGAAAAAUAUACAAGACAACAGUAGAUACUCUGAGAAAGGAUCGAGACUCAAUGCUUUGCUCGAUGUUCUCUGGAAGAUUCGAGUUAAAAGCUGAUCCGGAAGAUAGAGCACAUUUCAUCGAUCGUGAUGGGAAACUGUUUCGAUAUUUAUUGAACUACCUCCGCGAUGGCACUCUUCUUUACUCUGAUGACCGCACGGCUAGGGAGCAGCUCCUGAAAGAAGCAAAGUUUUACCAAAUUCAAGGAAUAAUUAGUCAUCUUGAGAGAGCGAUGUCUCCAGCGUUACCCUCAGUCAUAAACGAUAAAAAUCACGAGUCAACUUUUCUGUCAUGGCUGUCACCUGGGACUACUUUUUCUCUGCUGUAUUGUGCCUCUGUAGAUGGCAAAACUCCUGCCGAUUUUCACCGCUGCUGUGACAAGAAAGGGCCCACUCUUGUGGUGAUCAGAAGUGGAGAAUACAUCUUCGGUGGCUACACUUCAAAGUCCUGGACAUCAGCUUGUCCCGUGCGAGGCAUAGUAGAUAGCGAAUCUUUCCUGUUCACGCUGAAAGGCCCUUCUGGAAGUGAACCGAUGAGGAUUAAUCCAAAAGCAGGUGCCCAUGGUGGAAUAAGGUGCAAUGGUCAAAGAGGACCUUGCUUUGGAACCUCAUGGAACUUUGACCUUGAAGUGUGGGAAGCCUUUAGGGUUUCUCUUAAUCUAGGUCAUGCCUUUAAUUUGCCUGACAGUUGUGAUAAAGAUUCUAACUUCUCUGGAAUGUUGUGGGGCUUAGAACUGGAUGAACUCGAAGUAUUCAAGGUUAAUUUUUAGUCUGACUUAGAACCGCUAGCCUUAGAUAACAAGAAUAACAACAACAACAAUCUCUCUUUCCUUAUGAGCUAUUACGAAAAAAUAUAUAAAAUAAAAUUAGCGUUUUGGCAGCCUGGGAUAACCAUAGGGGCUAGCAGAGGCAGGCAGCCAGUUGAUAUCAGUGGAGCCAGGCAGCCAGGUGACAUCAGCGUUGCAUUAUAUGAAAUUUGAUUAGAGAAAAUUCGUUAUCUUUUUUACCAUCGAAGUGGCCUGUUCCAAUAUCUCAAGUUGUAGGACGGGUGAAAACACGAGGAACGUAAAUUAACUGGUGUUGCAACCAUUUUUUUUUCACUGAGUAGUAUUCAUUAAAUAAAACGAAAUGAUCUUUGGUCUAAUGAACGAAUCAAAUGAUUAGAUCACGGUUGAGAAAAAGUUUUUUUUUGUAAUUUUAAAAUCAACUUCAAUAGCUUUCUGAAUCUUGUAACUUAGUGCAUGGUUUUAGUUUUUUAACUUAAUUUGCAAAGUGACUGGUACAAGUAGCAGUAUCAUUGCCCUAUGAAAAUCUCAGACAUUGGCAGAUGACAUUACUUUGUAACACUGCCUAAGAAAAGGAACGCGGGCUCAUGCUGAGAGUAAGAUUACAUCGUUUACAUCAAACUUUCGAACUGCUGUGAGUACAUAACAUCAGUCCAUAGGUUUCAUUCUUCUAUGGUAUCUCCAGCGCGCAUCAAAAAAUUGAAAAUAACUUUCAAACGAACAAAAAUGGACUCCAAACCUCAAUUUACCUUGAAAACAUCGUGCCAACUCUUGAACCUGUCCGUUUCGAAAUUCCAAAUAAACACCACGCGCAGUAAACGGCAAAACAGUACGAAAAAAAAUGUAUUUCUCACUCUAAGGCGAUGGAAAGAAAAGAAGAAAAAAAUAAAACGGUAGAAUCUUUGA